ACAUGAAGAGCUGCAAUGAGGAGUAAAAGAUGGUCGUGGUUAUUGCGCAGACGAUACCCACAUGGAUUCAAGUAAAUCGAAGGUCUUAAACAAAGACGCUACAAUGGAUGCCAUCAACACGUGGGCAGCAGUGACGACUUCCGCAGUCGGCCCGACGCAUUAAAUAUCUCCAGUCCUUGGGAAGUUCCCACUGCCAUUGACACAACGCUCAAACGGCCAUGAAGACGUUCAAGCCGUUCAUUGCAUUUUGUGCACUCUGGGCUUCAGCUUCGGCUCAGAGUCAGCAGGCUUUCUUUUCGGGCAACACGAAAAAUGGUGAAUCUGGUGCCCGAACAUUGCAGCUCGCUUCAAUUCCGGCCGAUACUUUCACAAGCAUUUCUCAUCCUGCAUUUCCGGGGAGAAGUGCAAGGAUCAAGAAAUCAGACUUUUGCGAUGGUGGGGUUGCAGCAUAUACUGGUUACAUUGAUGUUGGCCCGAAGCAUUUCUUCUUCUACUUCUUUGAGAGUAGAAGCAGCCCGGAUGAAGAUGAUGUUCUUCUCUGGACAAACGGCGGAGCAGGCGCCUCUUCCGCCCUCGGUCUCUUUGUCGAACUUGGUCCAUGCCGAAUUGCGAGUCCCAACAGUACAAAAUACAAUCCGUACUCCUGGAACACGAACGCAAAUAUUUUCUUCAUCGAUCAACCGAUUGGAACUGGCUUCUCGUAUAAUGACCUUAGAGACAUAGUAUCCACGACAGAGGAAGCUUCACAAGAUAUUGCUGCUUUCGUGGCUAUGUUCUUCGAGACGUUCGACAAUUUUAAAGGAAGGAACUUCCAUUUAACUGGAGAAUCCUACGGUGGACGUUAUCUUCCAGUCUUCGGAGCCGCCGUUUAUGACCAAAACUCGUUGCUUAUUGAAAAAGGCCUAGAACCGAUUAAUCUCAAGUCGAUUAUGAUAGGGAAUGGAGUGACUGACUUCUUUACGGUCUUACGCUCGUAUUACGACAUGCAAUGCACGAACGCAGCCAUCGGGCCCCUCCAGCCCAUUUCGACAUGCAUUCGCAUGAAACAAGCCCUUCCUCGCUGCGAGAAACGACAAAAGGAAGCUUGCACUGAUCACUUCGACUUGAUUGACUGUUCUUCUGCAUUCACUUUUUGUGAAAAUGAGCUCAGUGCGCCUUACACUAUCGCGGGAUACAAUCUUUAUGACAUGACAAUGAAAUGCGAUGCUUUGGACUGUUACCCAGAAGACAGGGAUGUUACUGCAUACCUGAACAAUGCAACCACUCAGAAAGCACUUGGAGUCGACAAGGGGAGGAAUUUCUCAACUAUUGCUUGGGACGUCAAUUCAGCCUUCUGGGCUGCCGGCGACGAAGUGCACGACUCGAAGCAAUACGUUGUAGAAUUGCUCGCACGCGGUGUCAAGGUGCUCAUAUAUGCGGGCACGUACGACUUUAUUGCAAAUUGGUUAGGUAACGAAUGGUGGACGCUCGACUUGGACUGGCCUGGUCGAUCUGAAUUCUCAAGCAUCCCCCUGCAGGAGUGGUUUGUGGAUGGUAAUCCUGCAGGUCAGACUCGCACAUAUGGAAACUUUUCAUUUGCCACUAUAUAUGCGGCUGGUCACCUUGCACCGCAUGAUAAACCGGUCGAGUCGCUGGCGAUGUUGCAGCGCUGGUUGGCAGAUAAGCCCCUUUGAGUUUAACUCCUUAAGACGUGCAUGAAUAUAAAGGAAGAGAUGGUUUUUUUUGGUUAUAACGGAAUUUUAGUACUGAGUAUUAUGAUUGUAGUCUACAGCAAAACAGAGUUACAGCAAUUUACGCAGUUGAAC